CAUUCCUGAGAUCCUCCAAACCGACCGUGACGGCGCUUUGCUGGACUGCUGCGUUAGCCAUUCCGUCAGUAUAUCCCAAACUCGUAGGAUUCGAUCAAAAACAAGAGCGGAUGCCUGUAAGGGCACUUUAUCCUCAGCGUCCGGUCUGCAGAAAUUUGCCCAGUGGUGGUGAACCUGACAUUCACCUGCCUAAAACCAUUCUGCCGCCUGUCACCGCCGGCGACUUCCGCUUCUGGGCAUUACCUCAUACGUUCCGAUUCCGAAAAGUCCACUACCACUCACGACCGACCCCCGCCCGCCAUGGUCAAACCCCUCCAUUUCAAAGGCGACAAGAAGCUGAAGAAGAGGAAGAGGGUGGCCGAGCCUGAAGACGCAGAUGCGCCGGAUUCGAAGGCUCUCACCACUACUACUGUAGCGGGAAGGGUCGAGGAUGACGACACUUGGGUGAACGCCGAUGCGCCCAGCGACAUUUCCGGACCCAUCAUUAUCGUCCUGCCUACUGAGCCAGCGACAUGUCUCGCCUGCGAUGCAAACGGCAAGGUCUUCACGAGCGCGAUUGAGAACUUCGUGGACGGGGAUUCCGCGACAGCGGAGCCCCAUGAUGUGCGGCAGGUAUGGGUCGCAAACCGCGUCGCGGGGACGGAGAGCUUCAGCUUGAAGGGCCAUCACGGAAGGUAUCUAAGCAGCGACAAAUACGGCCUCCUCACCGCGUCCGCGACCGCCAUCUCCCCCACCGAAUCUUUCCACGUCGUCCCCGUGCCCGACAACCCCUCCACGUUCUCUCUCCAAACCGCGCGCGACACCUUCCUCUCCAUCACUGAGGCCAAGACCCCCGACGUGCGCGGCGACGCCGACAGCAUAACGUUCAACACGACGUUCCGGAUACGCAUGCAGGCGCGGUUCAAACCGAGGCAUAAGGUGGCGAAGGAAGAGAGGGCCAAGGAGAAAAUCAGUAAGAAGGAGUUGGAGGAGAUUAUAGGAAGGAAGUUGGAGGAUGAUGAGGUGCGGAAGUUGAAGAGGGCGAGGAGGGAGGGCAAUUUCCAUGAGAUUGCGCUGGAUUUUAAGGUCAAGACGAGUCAUGACAAGUAUGCGUGAGGGGGGUGCUGGGCGGUGACUGGUAGAAGAAACUAUCAUUACGAAGGAUAAGAGCUCUUCUCUACGGGACGCUUGUCGGAGCAGCUCAUGACAGCGUCGCUUGGGCGUAGGUCCUAGCUCGAGAUAAGAUAUCUGCGAGAGAAGUGCGGCCAUGGUCUUUCGAGGUUCACAUGUAGCUACGUGGUGGGGCUAAGUGUGCGACAGCGAGACAGUCUCUGACAGGAGACGUGCCGUUCAUAGCGCUGGAGAUGAUAGUCUCUAAAAUCGGACAGGAGAUUCGCAUCCUCUGGAAGAGAUGCCUGAAUACCUAGAUAGAAAAGGAACCCGUAUUCUAUCCUUGACACA